AUUUUUGUUGUCCCGUAUCGACGCACGGGCACGCUACCUAGUUAUAUAUAAUAAAAUAAAAAAGAAUAAACACGUGCGUCGUCCAAAAUAUCCGUAUUUCCAAACAGGGUCCAAGGAAAUUGUGGAGUGUAGUAAGUACUUCAAAAUCAAAUCCAUUCUCGUGUCGCCAGCCCAACUCUCCCUUGUCAACUGAGUUUCCGGCCCAUUGCUUCCGAGACCAUCUCCAGGCUUUGCCAUUGCCAAGCCUAUUGCUGCAGGGGCAGGGCGCUUCUCUUCACCUUCCGCAACUGAUGAUUCCACGCCCAGGCUGUUAGUCAACCUUGAGCAGCUGUCCGUUCAAACUUUUCUAGAAGACGAAUGCGAUAUUUUCCGUGCUCAUUCUCAGUGCAACUAGUAGUACUACUUUUUUUUUUUUUGUGUGUGUGUGUGUGCGCGCGCGCGCACUGCGACAGAGUUCCUCGGUCGAAGCGGAUUGAGAUCCUCGGCUCCGUGCAACAAUAAUGGAAGCUAUCCGCCUUGCCUACGUGCUCGUCUUCCUCCUGCCCUUCUUCCUCCUCCUCCUCCGUCUCCGUAAGCGCCCAGCAACAACGACGGCCCACUCCCCGCACCCCAACCCGGUCCUGGGCAACACCCUCGCCUUCAUCCGCAACCGCCGCCGCUUCUUCGACUGGUACACGGACCUGCUCCGCGCCGCGCCGUCGGGCGCCGCCGUCGAGGCGUGGGGGCCGUUUGGCGCGGGCCACGCCGUCACCACCGCGAGCCCCGCCGACGUCGACCACCUCCUGCGCGCCGGCUUCGACGGCUACGCCAGGGGCGCGCUCUUCCGCGACGCCACCGCCGACCUCAUCGGCGACGGGCUCUUCGCCGCCGACGGCCGCCUCUGGAGCCUCCAGCGGAAGCUCGCCUCGCACGCCUUCUCGUCCCGCUCGCUCCGCCGCUUCACCGGCGACGUCCUCGCCGUGCACCUGCGCCGCCGCUUCCUGCCGCUCCUGGACGCCGCCGCCGCCAGGGACGGCGGCGAUGUUGCCGUCGACCUGCAGGACGCGCUGCGCCGGUUCGGCUUCCGCACCAUCUGCCACGUCGCGUUCGGCGUAGAGGGCUUGGAUGGCAACGACGACGAGGACCCCGCGACGCAGGAGGCGCUCUUCGCGGCGUUCGACACGGCCGUCGAGAUCUCCUUCCGGCGCGCGCUCACGCCGGCCACGUUCGUGCGGCGGCUCACCAAGCUCCUGGACGUUGGCAAGUCGCGCCGGCUCCGGGAGGCCGUCCGUGUCAUCGACGACUACGCCAUGUCCGUCGUCGAAUCCAAGGCGGCGCGGCGCCAGAGGAACAACCUCGACGACGGGAGCGCGGACCUGCUGUCGCGGUUCAUGGCGGCCACGGACGACGACGGCGGCAGCGAGCUCGGCGCCAUGUUCGCCACGCCAGAGGCCAAGCUCCGGUUCCUGCGGGACAUGGUCGUCACCUUCGUACUCGCCGGGAAGGACACCACGUCGUCGGCGCUGACCUGGUUCUUCUGGCUGCUCGCCGCGAACCCGCGGUGCGAGCGGCGCGCCCACGAGGAGGCCGCGUCAUGCUGCGACGACGACGACGACGACGGCGACGUGAAGGGGAUGCACUACCUGCACGCCGCCAUCACCGAGGCGAUGCGGCUGUACCCGCCGGUGCCGUUCAACGGCCGUGUCGCGGUGCGCGACGACGUGCUGCCGGGCGGCGCGGCGGUGCGAGCGGGCUGGUACGCCAACUACUCGGCGUACGCGAUGGGGCGGAUGGAGAAGCUGUGGGGCAAGGACUGCUUGGAGUUCGUGCCGGAGCGGUGGCUCGGCGAGCGCGGCGAGUUCGUGCCGGUCGACGCCGCGCGGUUCCCGGUGUUCCACGCUGGCCCGCGGGUGUGCCUCGGGAAGGAGAUGGCGUACGUGCAGAUGAAGACGGUCGCCGCGGCCCUACUGCGGAGGUUUAGAGUGGACGUGGUGGCGCCGGUGGCUAACAUGGAGGCGCCGCCAGCGUACGAGAUGACGGCGACGAUGAAGAUGAAAGGAGGACUGUGGGUGCGGCUCAGGAGGCGCGAAGACUAGUCGUGACUUAUUACAACAAUAAUAGUUUGUGUCAGUGAAAAUUAUGUAUUUAUAAGUAAGUGCAAAUAAACAUCUUGGAUACUUUUUGCGAAAGAAACAAACUUAGAAU